UUUUGUACUAAACAAGUUGAGAUAUACUGACCUUUACAAGUAAAAUCGUUAUUGAUUUUGGCCAUCUCAACUAUAAAAUCCCCAUCAUUACAUCAAUUUUAGUACACAUCAUCUUAAUUCUAAAGUAGUAAACACAUUACAUAAGAAUAAGCUAAUAAAUAAAUUUAAAGCUCAACAUGGAAGAUUUUAAAGGAGGUCGUAUAGCAAAAUUGGUCAUGAUGUUUGUUUACUGCAUGGCCUUUGCUAUGAAUUUUAUGUUUCACGUAUCCAUUGCCUCUGAUCCUGCACCCCUUCAAGAUUUUUGUAUCGCUGUAAAUGAUCCUAAUUCUGCAGUGCUUGUGAAUGGAAAUCAUUGUAAGAAUCCAAAAGAAGUGACCAUAGAUGAUUUCUUGUACAAAGGGUUUAAUAUACCUGCAGAUACAAACAACACUCAAGGAGCAAGUGCCACACUAGUGGACAUUACUCGAUUUCCUGCAGUUAACACACAAGGAGUAUCCAUGGCUCGUGUGGACUUUGCGCCAUAUGGACUAAACACCCCUCAUUUGCAUCCUCGUGGCUCUGAGGUUUUUGCAGUGAUGGAAGGGAUUAUGUAUGCUGGUUUUGUUACCACCGAUUAUAAGCUCUAUGAUACAAUAUUAAAGAAGGGUGAUAUUAUUGUGUUCCCACAAGGUCUAAUUCAUUUCCAACUUAAUCUUGGGAAGACAGAUGCUUUAGCAAUUGCCUCAUUUGGGAGCCAAAAUCCAGGGAGAAUUAAUAUUGCUGAGAGCGUUUUUGGUACUAAUCCACGUGUUCUAGAUGAGGUGCUUACCAAAGGAUUUCAGGUCGAUGAGUUGUUGGUCAAGCAACUUCGUUCUCAGUUUUCUACUGAUAAUAUAUAUACAAGCACUGGAAGGUCAUUUUUUAAAUUGCUAUCUGAAACUUAUUGAUGUGCAUACUAAUUUAUUUGCAGCGAUGAUUUACAUAUCUUAUCUUAUGUGGUCUUUUGUUCAGUUUUAAUGGUUUAAGUUGAUGGUUUGAUUUGAGUCUCACAAUGUUUUAUGUUUUAGUUGUUAUUUUUGAAGUAUUGUUACUUGUAAAGAUGUUUGUAAUAAAUGAUCAUGAUCAUGCAUGAGUUAUACUU